AUGGCCGACACAGACGGCUACAUUCUGGGCAGGAGUGUAUCUGAAUCCGUUCGGUUACACGCUCAGCAUUUACUCUGGAAACUUCGCAACGGCUACGAACUGAAUCCCCAGAUCCCAAUCACGGACGGCAUGAAGAUAGCGGAACUUGGGACCAGAACUGCUAUCUGGAUGAAUGACCUUGCGCAGCAGCUUCCGGCAACAGACCAGCUUCAUGGAUUUGACAUAUCUGACAGCCAGGAUCCACCGAAAGAUCGGUUGCCGCCAAAUGUUGCCAUAUGGCUAUUGGACUCCACGGAAGAUCCCCCAUCGCCACUAAUUGGCCGAGACGAUGUAGUACAUCUCCGGAUGUGGGAGAGUAACCUCCCAAACGGCGAUACAGGGCCGGUGAUUCGCCAUGCAAAGAAAUUGUUGAAGCCUAGAGGAUGUAUCCAAUGGGAGGAUGCAGACCUCAUGCACCAGUUGGCUGAGGGACUUCCGGUGAUAGAAUUCGAGGUAAAAAAUGAGAAACGAGGGCUUUCAUUUUCUGAAAUUAGGAACGGCAACUUCGUACCUUACUUGACACAGCUGUGUACGAAUACAUAUUUAUUAGGUCUUCAAGAAUUAUUCCAGGGCAUCAAGAGCAGAUGCUCACAAGAUCAUUAA